AUGCCGCAUAGUAUGUCAAAGAAAUGUUUUGUUAUAUAUAGAAGCGAACCUUUUAAAGAUAAGCAAAAGCAAGUUGCAGUUAUUGAUCUGACAGGUGAAUUAAAUCAAGGCAGAGAAAAAAGGUAAAUGUAGUUUGAUAUAUAAUAUUUGUUUCCGUUUUAAAUCUCUCUCUCUCUUCAUAACAUAAGUUAUUCUUCUAUUUUUUGUUCUGAACUCAGUUCCUCACACUUUAUCUGUUAUUUAGAGAGAAGGAACAAAAUGUGGAUGUCGAAGUGAUGAUGAACGAAGCGAACGAACAGGAAAGGUGGUUAUUAAGUAAACUCCUGCAUUAGGUUAUAAUUAUAUCAAGGUUAUCAUCUAAUAAAUGUUAAAAACUUAUGAAUAAUUAUUUAUUAUUUAUUUUAGAUAUGCACAAAUGUCUUGCAGAAGCGAACCUUGUAAUAGCCCGCUGUUAUCCGCUGCUGAAAUCACUCCUUCCAAAAGUUUACGUUCCAAGUCACUGAAUACCUCCAGGCAGUAAGCAAAUAACAUUAUAUUAUUUGUUUUUCAAAAAAUCUAAUGUUCUGACAAGACGGACAAAAUUUAAAUUAUAAUGUUACCUCAUGAGAUAUCAACUCACCCUAAAAGUUAUAUUUCAAACUCGUUUCAAUAAUUAAAACUUUUGGAGAAGGGAUCGUUUUUUGAUGAGCCAUAACUAUUGUUGUAAGUCUCCAUGUAUUUGGUUAAUUGGUUACUCAAGCCAGGUUUGGUCGUCUUUUCCGUACCUGUGCGAUGAGAUUUCUAGGAAACAACUUGAACGUUUAGGCCUCUUAUUGCUAUCCUACUGGCAUGAGUAUCUGGAUCUAGUAUUCUUUUUUAAAGCGGUGAAUGGCUUGGUCGACGUGUCCCGUGACCUCCUGCCCGGAGGUAUAUCUAAAACUAGAUCUACCAGAUCCUCCAGGUGCAACCAAAAAUUUCCUUACGCCAGCCAAAAGCAAAACCUCUACCUGCCAACACUCCUUUUUAUUCGUGUAACUAGAAUCUGGAACUCAUUCCUAACUACACUGAGAUCUCCUAACAUUAUAGUGUAGGCAAUUCAGAUCUGAUUUACAAAACUACUAUCUGUCAGCCCUGAGGCUGAGAGAAUGCUUCAACGAAGAAGAUCUAAGGACAUGGAAAACUAUUUGAUUAAAGUAUAACAGUUAGUAGUUGUUAAUUACGUUCUAAACAAACUCGUAUUUCUUUAUUUCUAGAAAAAAGCGGCCACGAUCUAUCGAUUCUGAUUCCGAUGAUCCCGAUGAUGGCUCUGAUGGCCGAGGCAUUGUACAGGAAGAAGAAGUAUCGUACUAUGACGGUGACCUUCUGAUGCCCAUAUUUUCGUCAAAACGUAACGUGCUGUCCCCAAUUGACGCUACUCGCGUGCUCACAAGCGUUGGGAACACUGUGAGUUCUUCUCGUGUCUGCCAACGUCAACCAAUAUGAGUCAGUCGUCACUCUACGUUUAUAGUGGAUUUGCAUUCUCUGAAAUCAGUCGAUGAUAUCAGAUGUGAUGAUAUCGGUAGCUGGCAGAAUAACAGUUGCAAUAAGUACAAAUUCGUGCAAGUUGAUGGAGAAUGUAAACUUUUGGAUAAAAAAAACCCAAACCAAUACGACACAAACAAAGUUAGUACACUGAGACGCAGCUAUUUCAACUUACGAGGGGGUGAUGUAGAUUUUAGGAGACGAAUUGACCCAAUUAACUGUAAGUAGAUGUUUUGGGAAUAUUAUGUAGACCUUAUCACUUAUUUAUUAAAUUACUUGAGUUAGCUGGCUAGCCUGGCUGGUAUGCUUGUAACUGUCCCACGAAAUCUUCUUAUAUUAUAGUUCAACACCGAUAUGUAAAUCUUAACUUACUGUAUGUUAUAAAUUCAAUAAGCCAAUAUGGAUAUGGCUGGGGUUGUGAUAGGGGUCAGACAUCCAAUCACAAUUCAUUUUCUAUUUUGUGACCGCAACCCGAUAACCUUCCUGGGAAAUAUGAAAAUACCCCCAUUUGUUUGGCGACACAUGUCCAGUCAGAGUCGCUCAGUUUUCUCUGGGUAGCAGCACCAGAAAAAAAACUGGGUAUGAAGUUGCUCCAUCCUAAUUAUUUUAAAAAACAAUUUUUUAUUAAAAUUUUAGUGCCCGAUAGUUCACCGAUUCGCUACGCAUUGGUACAGUACUCUUUUAAGAGUGGCGUCGAGAAACCACUACAAACGAAACUUCAUGGUAACUCCAAAAAUCAUUCAUCAGCACCAUAUGUCAGAACAUGGGCAAGCACGAAAGAAAGUGUCAAAAAUGCCUCGGAGGUCUUUCAACCUCGCGAUGCCCUGCACAAGGUUAUCGCAGAAGAUUUAGGUGGAAUUGCAACCUGUGCUAGCGUUGGACAGAUUCCACGAGGACGACAGCAAGUCAAAGAUUUGAGGAAAGAAAGCCGAAUUAAAACAUUAUCAUCUGCAAAUGCGCAAGAUGAUCCUUGGUAUCGCAUUCUUGGUGAAUGCAAGAAACAGGCUGGCAACACGAAUACGGCAUUUCUUCGAGAUGUGAGGGUUGCACCUGAGCCGUUGUGUAUCACGACAACUAAUCGCCAGCUUAACGAUUUAAAGCGAUUCUGUUGCAAUCCCGUUGAAUUCCGCCCAUUUACAGUUGAUCCAACCUUCGAUAUUGGAAACUAUAACGUUACGCCAAUCACAUACCAACAUCUGCUACUGGCAAACAAGCGGGACGGUAAACAUCCUUCAUUCAUUGGCCCGGUACUGCUCCACGAAAAGAAAACGACACAAACCUACUCAAUCUUUAGCGGAACACUAAAGACGCUUCAACCUGAGUUACGCGACAUUCUGGCUUUUGGUACGGACGAUGAGCGUGCGCUCAUCGACGGCUUCAAAAAUAAUUUUGAACGCUCUGUACACCUCCUAUGCGAAUUGCAUCUUAAAAAGAACGUGGAAAGUAAGUUACAGGAACUAACAAUGACUGGGGAAAUAAAGCGUAAGGUAAUCGCUGAUAUCUUUGGCCAAACCUGUAAUGGAGUUCACGUUUGUGGACUAAUCGAUGCACAGGAUGAAAAGCAAUUUCAAAACACGCUACAAAGUUUGGAAACAAAAUGGUCAGAAUUACACGAAAAUGGCGAGGUCUUUUACGCAUGGUUCUGUAAUAACAAAGCUCAUGAAUUCGUUGCAUCGGCCAUCCAGUGUAUUCGUCAAAGAGCUGGUUUGGGUUGCCCGCCUGAGCGCUUUACAACUAACCGAUCAGAGCAAACAAACAGACUCAUUCAAGAAUACGUUAAAAAGGAGUGUGGUGGGAAGAAAAACAUAGAUGAGUUUUCAUUCUGCGUAGCUCUUUCCAAAUUGAUCCAAAUGCAACAGCAGGAAAUAGAGUUGGCAGUGGUAGGAAGUGGCGAGUUACGAUUAAGAGAGAAAUUCAAAUCAUUACAAGUGACGCCAGAAAAAUGGAGCAAAAUGCGCGACGAUCAACGAAAGAAGGCUCUCGAAAAGGUUCACAGUAUCGCAGUAGACGUAUCGUCAGCUUCUCCAGUAGAAAAUGUUACCUCGUUUCUUGGUACAUCCGUUGACCCCAUAGUAACAGAAAUACUUAACGCUGGCGUCGAUUGGAUUCCGCAAGCCUUGUUGGAAACCCUCGUGAGUCGGGCAAUACCACUAGCUAACAAAGAUGGGCAUGUUAUUGCACAAGGUAAUGACACUUACAUUGUCACCUCGCAAUCCAAUCCCCGAAAACCUCACAUCGUAAAUCGGUACCCAAACGGAAAAACCGAAUGCGAUAACUGCCCGGGCUUUCUCGCAAAAAAGAUUUGCAAGCACACAGUGGCUGUGAACAUCAAGUUAAAAACAAUGGAUGGAUAUCUUGGGUGGUUGGUUAGUUCUCAACGACGAAGUGGUGGAAUUAACAUUUCUAAAGCCAUCACAUACGGCAUGCCACGUGGACGUGGGAAAAAAGGAAACAGAGCACCCAGGAAAAAAAGUAGGAGGGUUGGAGAAACAAUUACAGCUUUUGCACCACCUGAUUCUGCCGUGCAAUGUUCAAAGCCGAAUGCAUCACCUUCUGCUCAAGCAGUGCUUGUAAGCCAGCGUACAACACCAGCCCGAUUAACCCAGAGCGUUCUUUUGCAUUCACCUUCACCGCAGCAUUUGCAGCAACAGUGUUUGGUACCACCACAUUUAAUUGUACACCCUGAGCAAUCAAAUCAAACAAACGACUUAUUUAAAUCCCCAGAGAGAACGGGAGCAUCAACAGCUCGAGGCAGAAACCACAAUAAUGUUUUAAGUGGGCGAGCGUCCAUGUCAGUUGAUGGCAACCCACCGCAACCACAACACGUGUCGUUCCUAAUCCCCAACCCUGCGAACCCACCCCAACUAGCCCAGCAUCAGCCACAACGUGUAUUGUUACCAAACCCUAACCCUGCAAACCCACCCCAACUAGCACAGCAUCAGCCACAACGCGUACUGUUACCAAACCCUAACCCACCUCAACUAGCCCAGCAUCAGCCACAACGCGUAUUGUUACCAAACCCUAACCCUGCACACCCACCCCAACUAGCCCAGCAUCAGCAACAGCGCGUACCAUUCCCAAACCCUAACCCUGGAGAAUUUUUGAUCUAUUUAUUGCAAUUCUGUCCCGCUCAAACGUCGAUGUGUUUUGGAUGCGAAAACCCACUAAAGCAAGAUGACAGCAUAGGAGCGCCACCAAACGACUUAGUUGUGGUAUCAAAAAUGCUACGAGAAUGGACAUAUCAAGGGCAACCACGCAGUAAGAUCGGAAAUGUUUAUUUUCACUGCGAUUUUACCUGCCUUAAACGCAAACAGAAAGAAUUCGAUGUCCAUCGACUGAGCCCUGUCAGUGAAGUGCUGUUACCUCACCUUCAGCCGAUCCACCGACGUUUUUUGGCCCAAAAAUUCGGUGUGUGA